CGGCAGCGGAACACACCUCAACAUCGACACAAACAUGGACAGGGUUUGCUUUCACCGAUAACACCGAGCUCAGUAUUGACGCGUACAGACAGACCUCAGGAGCGUCGCAGGAGCGUCACAGGAGCGUCGUCGCGCUGGAAUCGCUCGAGUUUGAUCCGCGGAUGGACGCGUCUGACGCGGUGUUCUUCCCGGACCGGCGGGCUCCUGCCAGUCACCUCCUGCUGGAGCAGCUGCCCAGCUAUCAGUCUCUGUUGUACCGGAGGAAGUCCAGCUCCAGUGGCAGCGCCCGGAGGCGGGGCAGUGGGCGAGGCAGACAGCCGUCAAUCAACAGCGGGAAAUGGGCGGAGCAGAAGCCUGUCCACGGUGGAGAGGAGCUCAAACCCGUGAGGGAGCUUCCCAAGAGCAUGCAGGAAAAACGGCGGGAGAAGCAGCAGCGUCUCCAGCAGGGCGGCGCUCUCACCGGCUGGGGUUUGUGGAGGCUCAAUGUCCAUCGCUCUCUGAAGCGUCUCAAGGAGGACGGGAUGGAUGUCCUCUCAGCCCUGCAGCUCUGGAGGGCAGAUAUUCAUCUCAUCGAGGGCAUGUUUGGGACGGGAAUCCUGUCGUAUUUUUCAUUCCUGCGCUUUCUGGUGAUUCUGAAUUUCAUCAUGUUUGUGCUGAUGUUUGCGUUUGUGAUGCUGCCGGUGAUCAUCACGUCACACAGCAUACACAACGUCACCUACAGCAGCAGCAUUGUGAGCAAGUGCAGCGAGUAUCAGCUCGCCUCUCACCAGGGUCUCGUCGUGUUUCAUCAGCACAUCGCAGACCUGCUGUCUGGAACGGGCUUCCUGGAGCACACCUACCUCUUCUAUGGUUACUAUAAGCUGGAGUUCAUUCAUUCCCGCUUCACCUACAACCUGCCGCUGGCGUAUCUGCUGGCCACCAUCUCGUACCUGCUGCUGAGCCUCGUCUGGAUCGUCAAGAGGUCUGCGGCCGGAUUCAAGCGCAAGCUCAUCCAAGACGAGGACCGCUUCCAGAGCUUCUGCAACAAGGUCUUCGCCGGCUGGGACUUCUGCAUCACCAACGAGAACGCGGCGCGCCUCAAGCGGAGCAGCUUACUGUACGAGCUCAAGACGGAUCUGGAGGAGGAGCGAAUCAAGCGCAAGAUGGCCAAUCGCACACGUGGAGAGAAGUGCCGCAUCUACGCUCUCAGAGCCGCCCUCAAUCUCUUCGUCAUGGCCGUUCUGGUGGCGUGUUUCUACUGCAUUUACAUCGCCACCGUCUUCUCGCAGCGCAAGCAGACAGAGGAUCAGAAGAGUAGCUUCCUGCUGGAGCUGGUCGUGGAGUAUCUGCCCUCCAUCGUCAUCACGCUGGCCAACUUCAUCACGCCGCUGAUCUUCAACCUCAUCAUCGCCUUCGAGGACUACUCGCCUGCCUUUGAGAUCCGCUUCACGCUCAUGAGGUGUGUGUUCAUGCGUUUGGCCAGCAUCGGUGUGCUGCUCUUCUCUCUGUGGUACCAGAUCACGUCCUGUGGAAGUUUAGACUGUCCCUGUGGCUACAACCAUGAGCUCUACCCUUGCUGGGAGACUCACGUCGGGCAGGAAAUGUACAAGCUUGUGAUCUUCGACUUCCUGAUCAUUGCUGCGGUCACCAUCUUCGUGGAGUUUCCGAGGAAGAUCAUCGUGAACCACUGCGACUGCGGUUUGGCCAAGUGGUGGGGUCAGCAGGAGUUCGCCGUCCCGCAGAACGUGCUGGAGAUCGUCUACGGCCAGACCAUCUGCUGGAUAGGAACCUUCUACUGCCCUCUGCUUCCAGCCAUCAACACGGUCAAAUACGUCCUCGUCUUCUACCUCAAAAAGGUGUCUCUGGUGACUAACUGCCGUCCUGCCACGCGUCCUUUCCGAGCGUCCAGCUCUCACUUCUUCUUCCUGGUGGUGCUGCUGAUCGGUCUGGCUCUGGCGUGCGUGCCUGUCGUGGUCAGCAUCGCAGAGAUCCGCUCGUCGCGGGCGUGCGGUCCGUUCGUCGGCUACAGCACGUCGUGGGAGGUGGUGCCGCACGUGAUCUCCCAGCUGCCCACCGGCCUGCGCUCCUUCCUGCGGGCGCUCGCCUCCGAGGCCUUCGCCGUCUCCUUCUUCGUCAUCACCUGUCUGGGGAUGUUCUAUGUCAUCGCCUUGGCCGGAGCUCAUAAGCGAGUGAUUGAACAGCUCCGAGAUCAGCUGGCCAUGGAGGGUCGUGAUAAGCGCUUCCUCAUCCAGAAGCUGUGUCAGGCCCAGCGGACCGUGAGCGCUCGUUCUCCGCGGGGUUUGCGUGGGAAGCGUGACGCUGGACUGUAUGUCGUGGAGCCGUCGGUGGUGCUGGAGACGCAGGCGUGAUGUCCGGCGCUGUCUCAAACACACUACACACCGUCACUGAACACUAACAAACCUCACUUCUCUCUGUUUACACUAUCUGCCGUCUAGUGUCUUGUGUGUGUCUCCUGUUCCGUUUUUUUUUUAAAUAUAUACAAACUUAUCAGUAAAAUAAGUUUGUUCUGAGUGAACUGCUUUACUGUUUGCACAAUAAACACAAAUAUACGAGAUUUCCAUCUGA